GGGGCGGAGGCCGCGCGGGGUGGGGCCCGGCGGGUACGCGCUCGCUGCGUCGACGUGCUGACGCCAUGACGCCCCGGCCGGUGUGUGUCGGUGUGUGUGUGUGUGUGAGUGUGCGCGUUCUGAGUGUGUGUGUAUUUGUGUAUCGGCGGUCCCGCAGGUCCCGGAUGUUGCGGACAGUAUGAAGCGAGCGCAGGGGUACGGGGACCAGCAGCUGUCGCCGCCGUUCUCAGAGGUUUCCUGUUAGACAAGACAAAUUAGAGUCUUCCUACUGACUUAACUUGGGUGAAGAGAGAACAGAAAUCUUUGUCCCCUGACUUUGGAGAUCUUGUUUAACCUUCAAACUGGCGAUGUCAAGGGUUCCAAGUCCUCCACCUCCGGCAGAAAUGUCGAGUGGCCCUGUAGCUGAGAGCUGGUGCUACACACAGAUCAAGGUAGUGAAAUUCUCCUACAUGUGGACCAUCAAUAACUUUAGCUUUUGCCGGGAGGAAAUGGGUGAAGUCAUUAAAAGUUCAACCUUUUCAUCAGGAGCCAAUGAUAAACUGAAAUGGUGUUUGCGAGUAAACCCAAAAGGACUAGAUGAAGAAAGCAAAGAUUACCUGUCACUUUACCUGUUACUGGUCAGCUGUCCAAAGAGUGAAGUUCGGGCAAAAUUCAAAUUCUCCAUCCUGAAUGCCAAGGGAGAAGAAACCAAAGCUAUGGAGAGUCAACGGGCAUAUAGGUUUGUGCAAGGCAAAGACUGGGGAUUCAAAAAAUUCAUCCGUAGAGAUUUUCUCUUGGAUGAGGCUAACGGGCUUCUCCCUGAUGACAAGCUUACCCUCUUCUGUGAGGUGAGCGUGGUGCAAGAUUCCGUCAACAUUUCCGGCCAGAACACCAUGAAUAUGGUGAAGGUCCCUGAGUGCCGGCUGGCCGAUGAGCUGGGAGGACUGUGGGAGAACUCCCGGUUCACGGACUGUUGUCUGUGCGUUGCUGGCCAGGAGUUCCAGGCUCACAAAGCUAUCUUGGCAGCUCGUUCUCCAGUUUUUAGUGCCAUGUUUGAACAUGAAAUGGAGGAGAGCAAAAAGAAUCGGGUUGAAAUCAAUGAUGUGGAGCCUGAAGUUUUUAAGGAAAUGAUGUGCUUCAUUUACACGGGGAAGGCUCCGAACCUCGACAAAAUGGCUGAUGAUUUGUUGGCAGCUGCUGACAAGUAUGCCCUGGAGCGCUUGAAGGUCAUGUGUGAGGACGCCCUCUGCAGUAACCUCUCCGUGGAGAACGCCGCAGAGAUCCUCAUCCUAGCUGACCUCCACAGCGCCGAUCAGUUGAAGACUCAGGCGGUGGAUUUCAUCAACUAUCAUGCUUCGGAUGUCUUGGAGACCUCCGGGUGGAAGUCAAUGGUGGUGUCACAUCCCCACUUGGUGGCUGAGGCCUACCGCUCUCUGGCUUCAGCACAGUGCCCUUUUCUGGGACCCCCACGCAAGCGCCUGAAGCAGUCCUAAGAUCCUGCCUGUCGUAAGACUCCGUUUGUUUUCCUGAAGCCGCGGCCACCGUCGCUGCCACUGACCACCAGGUAGACAGCGCGAUCUGUGGAGCUUUUACUCUCUUGUGGGGGCAGGAGACUGCAUCGUGGCCCCCAGACUUUCAAAACAGCACUAAAUAAACUUGGGGGAAAUGGGGGGAGGGAAGGGCCCGGGACCUGGGGCUGCUCAACCUAAUGAAAACCCUGUUGCUGCGUCACUGUGUUCCCUUUGGCCUGGCCGAGUUGGAUACUGUGGGGAUUCAGUUUAGGCGCCGGCCCUGAGGACAUCCCAGACAUCCCGGCGGUGGUACUUCGGAGAAACCUAUCUGCAUCUGACUGAGCAGAACAAAUCGUCAGGUGCCUGGAGCAAAAAGGAAAAA